AUGCUGAAAAAGCCGAAACUUGAUCAAAACGACAGACUUGGUUCUCGCAAUGAGUCCAAGGAGGGGGACGCUUUGAGGGCGUCUAUUAGGAAGUAUAACUUCCGUAGGGACUUAGAGGAGGCUCCAGGUGUUACAUCAUUGAAGAACUAUAUGAAUACUGAAUACUUUGGAGAGAUUUCAAUAGGCAAUCCAGCUCAAACGUUCACCGUACGCUUUGACACUGAUAGCUCGAAUUUCUGGGUGCCUUCGUCGAAGUGCACUUCUGCUAUCUAUGUCUUUCAUUCCCAGUACAACUCAAGCCGAUCAAGUAGUUAUAUGGCAAAUGAGCAGGAUGUUUCUCCUUGCGUAUUCGAUUGGGCUAACGUCGUCACCUUGUGGAAGGAUGUUCUGUCAUCUCAGCUCAGUAGCUGUAUUUCUGAUAGUUUUGGGGCUAUGCGCCAAUUGCUAUGA